AUGGGACUCACUCAGGUUAGCGCUUCAGAUUAGCGAAAUAAACAAAUUCUGUUUUAUCUAGUGUUGCAACCCUAUGGCGUCAUCCAUGUUUGACGAAGAUGUUAACCAAUGUUGUAUAUUUUUGCCAUUUUUGAACGAAAUAACAUUUAAAAACUAUACCAUGCGCUAAUUUGCCCUACAUCAUGCAAUAUUUUAUUGAACGAAAUGAAAGAUCUCCUGAAAACGAAUCAUUUAAUAAACAACUCAUAAAGAGAUUACCACAACUGUUUUCCAUCAUGCACACUUUAUUUAAUUGAAUGUGAUGUUUUUUUUAUUUAGGAUGAUCUCCAUAUGGUUAUCAGAAAACAACUUUCAAGCAACUCAGGAAAGUGAGUUGUGGCUUAAAUUUACUGCAGUCUUUUUCUGGCGAGGUUCAGAGUUGACUUUCACUAACGCUAACCAAUCAGAUGUGUUUGAUAUGUCUGAUUAACCAAUCAGAUGCGUUUUAUAUAUCUGACUAACCAAUCAGAUGCGUACUAAGCCAGUGAGAGGUGCGGUAGUGGAAAUCUAAUCUGAACCUCGCAAGGAACCAUUGCUAUCUUAAGGUCCAUUUCCACUCAAAAUUUUCCGCAGAAAGAAAAUUUGUAAAAUGUGAAAAUUUUGAACUUUUAACAAUGAUAUUUUUAGAAAAUUUUCUGUCCGUGGAAAUUUUUCUUGAGUGGGAAUGGGCCUUUAGACCUAUAGGGCCGUUCUGUUUUAUUUUCCCCUUUCCACUAGGAGAGAGCCAUAUAUGGCACUCCAGCAUUGCUAGUCUGGGAAUUGCAUGAGAUAUGUACUGUAUUUCCCUGAUAUGUAAGAGUGUUUUCUUACUUAUAUAGGUAUAAACGUAUUGGUAUCAUUGGUGCUAUAAUGAUUGUGCGAAGCAUGGCUAAACCCAGGUUGGUAUUUUAAGCAACCGCACUUUAUUUAUCUAUAAAUUCAGUAUAAAUUAUUACAAAUAGAUUAUAAUAGUUGUACAUGGCAGAAUAACAAGAGGGCACGAUGUUUCUUUCGCGGACAAAUUCUUAAAAUUGAAGAACCGUACAGGAUUCUCGCAAUAUUUGAGACAACCUAGUUUAUCAGUGAAUUGUCUCAAACGUGAUGGUCUAGUGUAGAUAGGUUUCUACAAUAAGUUUACGUGGUUUCACUGGUUUGUGUCUACCUGAGAAAGGCAUUAAAGACUGUUUGUGAUCCUUUAAAGGUGAUCUUUUUUCAGUGAGCUCUGACUAAAACCAACUCUUAUCUUUAUGAAUUGACUGUUUGCUCUAUUAUGUAUUUAACUAAAACAAUGUUUUGACUACUUUUAUAGUCCUGGGGAAGACACUCCAAUGGAUUCAAGUAGUUCACAACCAAUAAUUGUCAUGAACGAAAAACAAAAACAGGUAAGCAUAUAUUAACAUACCGUAAGAAAAUUAGGAAGUGAAAAAAAUACUGGUGGUCUACACUAUAGACCCAUUACAGCUAGUCCCGUGGGAAAAAUUUCUUAUCAAAUAAAAUUCAUUAUUCUCUUUAAUGAGUAGCAAUUUCAAGUUGUCUUCCAGAUGUCAUGCUUGAAAUAGUUUUAAGAUCAACUGCCAUGGGUCUAUAUAAAUUAGGAAACCUCAAUGCAAGGUGAUAUUAGAGAGAACAACAAUAAGAGCAACCAGGAUAAGAGACGAGCAAGAAUAGUAUGCAACAAGAACAGCAACGUAAUUCAUUUUGUUUUACACAGGUGGUCAGUUUGUUGGAUUUGGUCCGUAAUAGCAUCAAUCGUGUUCCCGAAGCGGCUGCGUUGUUUUACGACGAGCUGGCCAACGUUAUUGAGAAACGACAACUUGAUCCAAAAACCGAGGUAAAUUGUAUGAUGAUGGUGAUGAUGAUGUUGCAUGGUGGCGAUAUAAUGAUGGUGAUGGUGGUGAUGAUGAUGGUCAGUUGGUGGUGGUGGUCAGUUGGUGGGUGAUGAUGAUGUUGCAUGGUGGCGAUGAUGAGGUGGUGGUGAUGAUCAUGAUGAUGGUGGUGGUGAUGAUCAUGAUGAUGGUGGUGGUGAUGUUGGUGGCAGUGGUGAUGGUGAUGAUGAUGAUGAUGGUAAUGAUUAUGAUGGUGAUUAUGAUGGUUAGUGAUGGUGGCAGUGGUGAUGAUGGUGAUGGUGGCAAUGGUGAUGAUGAUUAUGAUGGUAAUGAUGAUGAUGGUUAGUGAUGGUGGCAGUGGUGAUGGUGAUGAUUAUGAUGGUGAUUAUGAUGGUUAGUGAUGGUGGCAGUGGUGAUGAUGGUGGCAAUGGUGAUGAUGAUUAUGAUAGUGAUUAUGAUGGUUAGUGAUGGUGGCAGUGGUGAUGGUGAUGAUUAUGAUGGUGAUUAUGAUGGUUAGUGAAGGUGGCAAUGAUGAUGAUGAUGCUCCUUAAUGUUUUCCAGGCUUGGAUCAGUGAGACGGUUGUUGGCGAUUUUCAAGAUGACUUUUUGAUCGACUUGGAAACAGGAUUACCGAAGUAUAUUUAUCAAUUUGUAUGAUUUAGUUUCCACUUAUUCAAUUUUAUCUUUUGCUAAAUAUUUUUAUAUUUUUCCUCAUCACAGAAGUGGACUACCCGUCGAUUUUGUCGGCGCCCUUGACGAUGCCGAAGAGGGCUGUAUUGCCUUUAACUUGGUUACUUUGUUAAUCAACUAUUCCAGUAAAUCAUCAAGGUAUAUAUGUUGUUGUAUUAAGCUGCCAAAUUUUUUAUUGUUACUUCAGUAAGCAUUAAAGGACAGCAGAUGGGGGCAAUUUUAGAAAUGCUGACACUUAUAUAUAGGAAGAAGCAAAUUAAACCACGUAUCUCAAUGUUAUUCAUUUGAGUCAACUACUACAAGACUACUGCAUAUAAUGAAAAAAAUAAACAUUAUUCUCUCACUUGAUAACUGCUUGUUGCCCAUCGUCUGCUGCACGAUAGUGCUUAAUGGCGAUAAUCGGGUAUUAUCUUUAGAGGAAUCUCGCCAUUUCUUAUAUGUCAACUUUGUUCUCUAUCUGUUUUAGUUCCAAAACUGUCGCUCCUGUUUGCUCGGCACCUCACUUCCGUCUAUUGCGAAUUUGUGAACAGAAUCGAAACAAAGGAGGACUGGACGGAAUCGACGCAUUGUUAGGUGAGGAUUGAAUAUUCAUCCUCUAAAUCUCUAAUGUUUUUGGUCUUUUAAGGCCGGAUCAAACGAUGAUGAGAGUGCAUGAGAGUUGGCAGUCACGCGACUGCUUUAGGCUUUACAAUCCGUCGGGUCAAAUUCCACAUUAACACAAGGGCGGAUUUUCGUUUAUUUAAAAGGAGGGGUAGAAAAAUUUCUGGUGGGGUGCAAGCGGCACCACUCAGUGAGCUUUGGCAGGGGUUAAGCGUUUGGGUUAAAGCCUUUCACAUAUAAUAGGAGGCGUGAAGCGUAAUUUUGGUGGGGUUGAACACUUUAUUAGAGGGGUUAGAGAGAUUCUGGGGGGGUUAACCCCCCAAUCUAAUAUUCUCCCAAUCCUAUUUCCAAUCAUAACCAUUAUCUUAUCCCUAACCCUUCAGUAAUCGUACUUUAUCCUAUGCCAAACCUUAGCAGUUGUCUUAACCCUGUUCAAUUCUCCUUCAACUUCUCUAAUUAUUCUUUUCUUUCAUGCAAGGCUGUCCUGUAGUGAUGUUUAAAAUGGAGGAGGUUAUGGAAACAUUCAGUAAACUAAGUGUUCCAGACAGAGAGCUUGUUUGUAGUUCAUUGUUUUACUGUUUAAACUGGUACAGAGAGGUGAGUGAUGAUGUCUGGGAGGUGGGUGAUGAUGUCUGGGAGGUGGGGCUGAUGUCUGGGAGGUGGGUGAUGAUGUCUGGCUGGGAGGUGGUGGAUGACGUCUGGGAGGUGGAUGAUGAUGUCUGGGACAUGGGGGAUGAUGUCUGAGAGGUGAGUGAUGAUGUCUGGGAGGUGGGUGAUGAUGUCUGGGAGGUGGGUGAUGAUGUCUGGGAGGUGGGUGAUGAUAUCUGAGAGGUUGUUGAUGAUGUCUGGGAGGUGGGUGAUGAUGUCCGGGAGGUGGGUGAAGACAUCAUCACCCACCUUCCAGACAUCAUUACCCACCUCCCAGACAUCAUCAACCAGGGUGGUGAUGUCUGGGAGGUGGGUAAUGAUGUCUGGGAGGUGCGUGAUGACAAUGAUCUCGAAUCAUAAGAGCUAACCAAAGGUAGAAGGAGGGUAUGGUUACACAAGUUCUUCUUUAUCUCUUCCAGUUGAUCAAUGCGUUCUCAAGUGAAACAGAUCCAGAAAUGAAAGGGAAAACACUAAGUCGUAUUCAAAACAUAACAACUUUACAAAAUUCGUUGGAACAAUGCUUGAAAGGUAAAGAACAUUUCCUUUGCAAACUUUUUAAAAGAAACAAUCCAAGACAGGCUGGCGAGAAUCAACACUAAAAGAUUACUCAGAUUUGAAAUAUGUUAUUAUUUGAUUUAGAAACACCGACAUUCCUCCCACCGCUAGUUCACUUUGACACGGACGAGAACAUGUGGAAGUCUACAACUGCUUCAAAAGCAACUGGAAAGAGAACUCGCGCUGGAAAUUCAAAGUAUUUUUAAUUGUCUUUUUCAUUACAUACAGACGGUUGUCAGCUUCAGAAAUGUUGACAUUUAAGAGGACGAGCAAAUUAAAUGGUACAUGAGUACAUGUACAUGACACAUGAGUACUCUCAUCUGUACAUUCAUAACUCGUUCACAUCCAUCAGAAGAACCUAAAUCUCAGCAAAAAUUGCAAGUGUAAACGAGCUUUAAUACAUAGAAUGAGAAUAAUAAACAUUAUUUUCUCACUCUGAUAACAGCAGGUUGACCACCAUCUGUUGCAUGAUAGAACUUUAGUUAGCUAUCACUGAAUUAGUAUUACCGUUCAUAUAGCCAUAAUUUGUAUUAAAUAUUUUAUUCUAUAGAAAUAAAAAAAAUGAGAAUGACCAUGACAGGACUAUGGACGAGGUAAAUGGCAAAAUACGAAGUUCAUUUUCGAUGAAAUGAUCCCGAAAGGGAAUUUUCUAAAUUUUCUUUAUUUUAUAUCAAGUACAUCGAGAAAGACAAAGACGAUGCGACGGUUAUUGAGGAGAAGAAGGAAAAAAGAAAUUCAAUAUCCGGUGUCCUUAAUUCAUCAAAAUACCGAGCCUGCUUCAGGUAAAGUAAAGUCCACGCACUUUUGCUUUGACACUAAAAUAUGUAAGUAUUGUGAGAAAUUUUGAACCACAUACGCAUUGGUUCCGCACUGAUAAUACAUUUCAUUGCAGAGAAUUGGAUCUGAAUGUUUUUGAGAUUCUCAAAUGUGGAUUGGUCUCCAAAGCAGUACUUGAUUCAAAUAUGAAUACAGAGGUACUGGUUUAUCAUUGAACUGCAUUGAUUGAUAUAAGGAUAUGAUAUUUUACUUCAAGGGUAAGAAACCAUUGUAUUGAACAUGGAAAUUGAACCAUGUUUUAUUUUUCAGAAAAAAGAAAUCCUGCAGUUACAAGCACCUGAACUGUAUUUCCUCCUCGAUGAUCUCGGUAACAAACUGGAGUACUCUCUGUCUUCUGCAAAAGCAUCUUUUUUAUGGGUAAUGUUUCACAUAGACAUUCGUGCUCUUGACAUACACACGUAUAAACGCACAAGUUGUUACAAGUCUGCAAACAAGUUAUUACAAAUCUUUUCACAAGCUGUCAACAAGUUGUGUUUGCACUGCUUGUUCCCAGUUGUUGUAACAAGUUUGGAUCAAACUGUUAACAACUUGUAACAAGCUUGAUGGCAUUAUCAGACUUGUCACAAUGUUGUUCUAACAAGUCUGUUAAAGUCAUGAUAAACAAGAAUGUUACAAGGUUGACGACACAAGGUUGUAACAAUACUGCUUGGAACAAUCUUGUAACAAGCCUGAUAAUAUCAACAAGGUUGUUACAAAUUGUUAACAGCUUGUUCCAAACUUGUUGACAACUUGUGACAAGCAGUGCGAAGAUUUUGCGUGUGUAUAAUUUGAUGAAAACAUCUAACCAAUUAUAUUUCACCCAUACAGCUUCACCAAGAUAAACAAGUUGGGUUUUCACAUCUUGCACAAAAGACAGCCGUGGAAAUUAUCAUUUACGUUCUGAGUUUGUUGCCCGAUCUCUGUCAACAUUUGGAAGCUACCAGCGCGUUCUUUCAGGAUCUGACAGAUCAAAAUGAUGGCGUGAUUGAUGGACCUGGAAGCGAUAGUGAGGAAGCAAAACUAAUGGCCUCCUGUUUCGAACGUUUGUUUUACUGCAUGGUCCAAUUUUUCUCAUGGUAAUGUAUUGGAUUCUGAUAUUUUUGUGUGUGUUUUGAUGUUAAUAUGUUAUGUACUCAGGUGUAUAUAAUGUUUUUGAUGUUACUCUGAGUGUACAUCCACACCGGGCAAGCUGAAAAGUUAGCCUGACUACGGUGGGAAUCGAACCCGCGACCUUUGGGAUACUAGUCCAAUGCUCUGCCAUCUAGUAUCCUGGGUUCGAUUCCCACCGUGGUCAGGCUAACUUUUCAGCCUGCCCGGUGUGAAUACACACUCAGAGUAACAUCAAAAACAGUAUUUGAUUCUGGGGGUUUUUUGUGUCACAGUGGUUAAUGCAUGUACCUUUCAUCUCCGACCGAAUUUCGAUUUCUGCAGUUUGCAGUUUUCUGUUUAAAAUUCAAUCACAAGUCAGAAGAAUGCUUCCAGUUUGACCCUGCCAAACAACUCAGGUUUUCUCUGGGGAGUCCGGUUUCUUUCUGUAGUAACACUGGACCAAUACGUGUUUGUCCUUACUGGAUCUGUAGGAGAACAGUUUAGAACUGAUGGGCGGAGCUAUCCACCACAAACAUACCUGCUCAGUUUUUUGAGUGGGUGCUUAACUGUCAAUGCAUGAUGCUUAGAACUUCAGUAAAUAAAAUCGAAUCAGUUUGGCAGAAUAACAACCUAUGUAUGCACUUAUGUUGUCAGGUUGGACUUCCGGUAAAAAAUGUUUUGAUUUUCUGUUAGGUCUGGUUUUAACGCUGCAUGCAACAAAAGUCAUCUCAAAGCUGCGUUUGUCAUUUUAUGUUCGAGAACUAAGGUUUCCAAGAAAUCACAGCCUGGGUUCCAGGAACUUGUCAGGUAAUCAAUAUUGUGGGUGAUUGAUUAUUAUUGCUUGAUUGAUUGAAUGGAAUGAAUGAUUUAUUAAUUAAUUGAUUAAUUAUUUAUCACUUUCGAUAUAGCCAAGCUUUUCGAUAUUUCGAACAGUUCUCUGGAACGCUUCCUUCAAUUGGGACAGCAGUCACUUUGGUCAAGUUACUAACUGCAAUAAAAAAUAAAUCUGAUAAAGACACUACAGCGUUAUCAGUAUGUAAGUAGAAUAUGUGGAUAAGGUCUCUUUGAGCGGCUUUCCUUCAUCUCUUCUUGUUUGUGUCCAAAUACAUUGUCUAUCACCCUACAUCUUCUUUUGGUCUCUUCAUUCCAUAAUGUCUGUGACUGGCUCUCCUUCAUCUCUUCUUAUUACCUGUCCAUACCAUCCUAGCCUUGCUUCCCUCACCUUUCCUGUAAUGUCUACCACCCUACAUCUUCUUCUGAUCUCUUCUUUCUGACUGGCUCUCCUUCAACUCUUCUUAUUACAUGUCCAUAUCAUUACUGCCUUCCAUUCCUCAUCUUGUCUGCAAUGUCUACCACCUCACAUCUUCUGAUCUCUUAAUUCUAUAAUGUCUCUGAAUGGCUGUCCUUCAUCUUUUCUUAUUAUGUGUCCAUAUCAUCUCAGAAAGCAAGACAAGCAGCCCUAUGGCCAAUGGAAUGUCUGUUCGUAUCUCUUUCUUCCAUCAUUCAGCCUCUCUUAUCAGAUAAUAUAGAGGUUCAGAUUUGAGUACCGUUACCUCUAACUGGCUCAAUACGCAUUUGAUUGAUUAAUCGAAUAUAUCAAAUACAUCUGAUUGGUUAAUCGAAUAUAUCAAACACAUCUGAUUGGUUGAUGGUCCCUUGAUGGUAGCGGUAGUGGAAGUCAAAUGUGAACCUGUAUAUUGUUUUUAUCCAGCAUCAAUAUGUGGCGAGUUUCUCAAACGAGAAUGGCUACAGCCGGACGGACAGAGGGAACAAGGAUCCAAAUACAAUGAAAAUCUACAAUAUUUGCUACGGUACGUUUAAGCACCAUCGUGCAGCAGAUUGUGGUCAACUUUCAGUAAUGUUAACUCUUUUCUUUAUACUUAUGUUGUAAUCUUGUAUUUGGAGGAAAAUUACUAUGGAACUGGGAGAUUUAGAUAAAUUACGCUCUUAUUAAUGUCAGCAUUUCCAACGUUGACCACCAUCUCCUGAACUGAGCCAUCAAAGUCUCAUGAGGAAUCCUCAUCAGGGUCAUCAUCUACCUAUACUAUCCAGGCUCGUGGUUGGUUGAUCAUAACAAUGAAAGACAAUAAAACUAUAGAAAUCGUCUUUCGAAAGAACGAGUCACGAACAAUGAUCAUUUUUGUUUCUGAAAGUCAGUCACAAAACAUGAUCAUUUUAGGUAGAUCUUUACCCCCCUCAUCAUGAAGAAACCUACGUGAGAACCUUGAUGAUAAUUUAAUUGUUUCGUAAAUAUAGGCAUCAUAUUCUCCGUGCAAAUGACCCUUCUGCCGUUAUUGAAAGUAUAACCACUGGUGCUUUUGCUGAACUACUGGACGAAAAGAAUGUGUGUACGGCCUCGACUACGUUGCCUACUUUAACCAGGUAAACUCAAGACAGAUUUAACAAUUUGCUAUUGUUUAUUAAUUUGCCCAAAAAUUCAUGAUUAACGCUGUAGUGCAUUGCACUUAAUUACUAAAUUAUGUUUCAUUCAUUUCCAGGCCAUCAUUUCCAACAUUUUAUAAAACCAUAUUAGAUUGUCUCGUAACGUACUUCAAGAAUUCUCUGUCCGUGCCGAUGAAACGUUCGGAUUCAUUGGAGGUUGGUUGUUUGGCAGUGCUAUCCAGUUGAAAUAACACAGUUUAGAGUAGGCAAUUUCAGCUAGAGACUAAAUUUUGAUCUAGGCAAGAAGAACAAAAUCUAUCACCACAGCUAGAAAGAGCAUGGUAAAAUUAGUAAAAUUGCAAAGUUUGGCAUGCUCUUUCUAGCUGUGGUGAUGGAUUUUGUUCUUCUUGCUGAGAUCAAAAUUUAGUCUCUAGCUGAAACCAUCUAUUGACAGACAUUGAGAUCUAUCUAGUACAUUCGACAUCUAUCUAUGAAAGUACCAGCCUAUUCGACAUCUAUCUAGUAAAAAUAAAGAUAUAGUUUUUUUUAAUGUAAAAGGAAAUCUUUUGAUAUUCCUACAGGUGAAAAAGGAUAGACUGGUGGUCAUCAAUGUGGCUGUGAGGUUGUUUCAUGUUUUAGUCAAUCUUGCAAAGGUAAAAUUAGUUUGACAUGGAAGCUGUAAUGCUUUGUGUCUGAACUACCUGAAAAAGACUACCGACACUUUCAAAACAAAGUUUCCUGUGAAGGCCUUGUUUUAGAAGUUGGUCAUACAGCUCCUGACCAAGGUAUUUCGCUCGGAACAUGAAAUGUUUUAAAUCAUUUUCAGGAUGGUUAUGACACAAACCACGACAGCUUAUCCCUUGCCUAUUUUAAUAAUUGGGAGGGUUGUAAUGGCUGACAGACACAUUAAACUUGUACUUUCAGGCUUUUGAACACAGAUCAGUGCUAGGAGCAGCGCUAAAGGUGACGUUCAAUUGUAAACUGAGUAAAACUUGUAGAUCAAUUUGGUUAUGUACAGUUCCCCCCAAAAUAGAAAAUUUUGUCCAUUUUUGUUGUAGUAUGGUCGAUUUUUUGUUGAGGCGUUCGUGAGUCUUGGCAUGCCAGCGUUAGAUGAUAUGCUUCGUACCAGCAAGGUUAGCUUGAUGUAAUUUAAUUCAUUGAUCUUAUUGAUUCAUUAAUUGACUGAUUGAUCAAUUCUAAUUAACAAUUAAUUAUUCUAAUUAAUUGAUUCAUCAAGUCUUCCCAUUCUUAAUUAGGAUGACAUUCAUGGUUUGUUAAAAGUUUUCCAACAAAGUACGCGAAGUCUUCAACAUUUUUGUGGCCAUUCAAAGGUAAAAAACUUUUGACUUUUUUACACUUGCUUUUCCAAUCCAUAUCUAAGAAUAUCACUUUUUGCACAGGUCACUAAAGAUAUUUCAUUGACAAAUCAUGUUCCCGCGCUUAAAAAGUCUCUGGAAACUUUUGUAUUCCGAGUCAAGGUAUGGUUGGGUAUUCGAUACACUAUUGUUUAUCAAAAUUUUAUGUGAAGGCCAUCCCUUACAACUGCUCUUGUCUUUGAUAUCCUCCCCAGGCCAUGUUGGCGGUGAACCAGUGCCAUGAAGCAUUCUGGAUAGGAAAUCUGAAGAAUCGCGAUCUACAAGGCCAGGAGAUAGUAUCCCAACAAUCAAUGCGAGAUCGGGAGGAGGAGCAAGAAGAGCCUGAGGAAGAGGAAGAUGAUGACGACGAGAAUAGGGUAAGAGCCUGGGUACUAGGUUGAGUCAUCGACGCAAUUUAUUCUAUUAGAAGGAUCAUCCAUCAGGACGCAUUUAUCUUAACAGAAGGAAACCUUAACUAAACUAACUUUAUUUAUACUGGAUAGCAUUAUCAGUUCUAAACUGUUCUUCCUAGAGAUCCAGUAAGCGUCAUCUCUUAUUGAUCCAGUGUUACCACAGAAGGAAACCUAAACUAAACUAACUUUAUUUAUACUGGAUAGCUCUAUCAGUUCUAAACUGUUCUUCCUAGAGGUGCAGUAAGGAUCAUCUCUUAUUGAUCCAGUGUUACCACAGGAGGAAACCUACUGUAAUUUAAACUGACCUUUUGUUUACUGGAUAGCACUAUCGGUUUUAAACUGUUCUCUCUAGAGGUUUAGUUAAGAUCGUCCAUUGUUCAUCCCGUGUGUAACUACAGAAGAAAACUCAAAUACUGGGAGAAAACCUGCAAUGUUUGGUGGAAUCAAACUGGAAGCAUUCUUCUCACAAAAUUAUAAUCAGACAAAUUCACAUUGCAGGAAUCUAACCUUAGUCAUAGAGAUGAAAGACAAAUUCACUAACUACUCAAAGUGUUAAUAAGUGAGGAAAUGUUUUAUUUUGUAUUUUAACAGAGCAAUGAUGAUGAAGAAAGUAACGUUGGUGGUGAUAAAGGUAUAGUAUUUUCACGAAAACUUUUCAAUAUUCAACUUUUUUCCCGUCUGUAGCCAUUAUAGAUGGGUUUCUUUAAUUAAGCUUUAUCGUGCAGCCAAUGAUAGUGAAUCUGCAAUUAUCCGAGUGAUGAAAUCGUUUUAAUUCUUUGUCUGUAUGUAAUAGUCAUAUUUGGAGUCAAAUUGAAUUUGUCAAUUACCGAAUUUUGCUUUGCCGUUCAAUAUGGUUCAAAUAAAUGUCAAUAAUUCCGAAGUUCACUUCCAUAUGCUCAUGGAAACCCAUCGAUAAGAUCGAUUCACGUAAAAACUUGGCCUGCUUCACUGAAUAAGAAUUUUUACUUUACAAUUUUUACAAAAUUUUUUUACAGUAUUAAAUACUGAAGCUAUUUAAUACUUUAGCUAUUUGCUCGAAUUGUCGAAGCACUUGCCGAGCAAAUGUUAAAGAAUUAUUAAAGAUCAAAAGUCUGCAAAUAUCGUCUUUUAUUUACUUUCAUCAUGGAUAAUAAAAUAAAUUUUACAAUCCAUGCUUUCAUUUAUUUCAACAGGCGAUCAAGAUGAGGAUGACGAAUCGUGUAGCGAAAGUUUUUAGACUGGAGUUAAAAAUCGCUUGCCUGAAAGAAAUUUGAUUAGAAUUUAUAUUAACAAUAAAGAUUAUAUAUAUUUUAUUUUAUCAAUGUAACAGAUCAUAUUAUAUAUAAACAUGUGCACAUUAAUUCUAGGAAUUCCCCGCUGACAAUGCGAAUAUAAUCGUCUGGCGUUAGUAAUAUGGUGGGACCACUGAUCAUGUAAAGUUUCAAUUUUCAAGCACAUCUACUGAGUCUCAGAGCAGAAAUCUACAAAAAAAUUUAAGAUACUAGCUACAUGCACAUAAACUUUUACUGUAAAACUACAGUAUUUUAUCGUGUCUUUUUCUGUCAAUUAUUUUGAUAGUCUACUUUGAUAGCCUGUUUUGAU